AUGAGUAUUUACGCCGGUGUAAGAAGGUCACGCGUCCGAUCUCUUGCAGCCAUUAAACUAGAGUCUUGCUGGAGGGGGGUCUUGGCGCGCAAGCUGGUGAAGAAGAGGAUGUGGGCGGCACAAACCAUAAGGAAGUACAUCAAGGGCUUCAUUUGCCGGAAGCAACCCGUGAACGUGGACAACAAGGACUUCGUGAGAUUCGCACAAUACACUUACCUCCUGAAACUGCGAGACCACCUUCCGACGGGGGUCCUGGACCAAACGUGGCUGAAGCCCCCGGAGAUCAUGGAAGAGACCUCCGAGUUCCUGAGGAAGAUUUGCAUCCGGAACCUGUCUGUGAAAUACUGCCGGACAGCCCCGGCAGUCAGGAAAGCUCAGCUGGACCAAAAGGUGGUCGCCAGCGCCAUUUUCCGUGGGAAGAAAGCCGGGUAUGAUAGAAGCCGGAACGAACACUUCGCCGACACCAGAAUAAGCGAGAGCGAACUCAGCCCCAAAGUCAUGCAGAUGAUCCGUCACGAAAAGGUCAAGUACGUCACGCGGGUGCUGAAGUUCGACCCGAAGGCGUACAAGCCCCGCGAGCGCCUCCUUGUUCUGACACGCGUCGCUGCUUACAUCUUGGAGUCCGGCAAAAUCAAGCACAAGAUCGAGUAUUCGGGCAUCAAAGCUGUUUCCACCAGCGACCUGAGUGAUGGGACGGUCGUCAUCCACGUUUUGGAAGAGUGCAAGCUGGAGAAGGCAGACGCCAUUCUCCAAUGCGAGCAUGUUUUCGAGAUGGUCACCAGAUUGGCUAUUCUGGCCAAAAAUCCGGAAUUGGUCAGGGUUGUCCAGGGAAGGUGA